AUGGAAAAGCUAAGUGAGCAACCAACCCCGGUUACCCAAGAGGAUUUCGCCAUUGGUAUGGGCCCGGCAUAUACCACAGGAAAAUAUCUUUGUCGGCUUGCCGAGAAUGAGGAUACGCUCACCUUGAUGCGUAUCUACAAACAGAUUCCUCUAAUUGACACUGAACCUGAAGACUCGACAGUUCGGAAGGAACAGGCCUGCGGGCCACGCAAACACGUCGAGCUGGGUGCCAUGAAGCGUUUUACAGAGAACGGCUGCACUGCUACCCCCAGUCUUCUUGUGUACCAAAUCGGCAAGCAGGAUGAAGUGGACCUUGUCUCUGGUGGGUAUAUCACAUACCUUGUAUGGGAAAAAGUCCCAGGAGAUCCUCUUGAUAUUGAGCAGUUCUGGAUAAUUCGCGAAGCUCUAAGCUUCAAGUACGAGCCAAUCUUCCAGACCCCGACAAAGAUCAUAGUCGACGAAUCAGAUAAUGUCAAAAUCUGCGGUUUCAGCCGGGCUUUCCCAGUCCCCAAUGGAUGGAGAGACGACCAGUACGUGAUGUUUUCCCUGGUCCUGGCCUCCCCCGAUGACGCUGAGUAUCUUCCCGCCUCGGCGGAUGACCUCAAAUCUGGGCCAAAUGGCUGGAAGUGGUGA